AAAUUACUUUCCUAUUAAGAAACCCCACCCCAAAAGCUACAUCUUCAUUCUCCACUCUCUCUCUCUCUCUCUCUCUCUCUCCUACACAAUUCACUACCAUAAUCAAUAGAUCUCUUCAGUAUAGCGAUCUGUACAUGGAAUGCUGCAUUCUUUUGCAUUUUUCGGUAAGUUUAUAAUUUGAGUUGAUUCUGUCUUUCUAAUUGAAUUGGUCGGUUUGUUGAAGAAGAUUGGAAAGCCACCACAAGGCUAGGGUUAGGAUUAUUAGGAAUUACAUAUCGAAUUCAAUUGGUUGGCCUUUUCAAGAAGAUUGAACGUUUCCUACUUUGGUAGGUUUUUUUUUUUUUACAUAACUCAGGUGGCCGGGCCUUUGGGCCAACUUUCGUGCGCCUAGACUAAUCUUUAAGUGACCGACCAAUCACACCGUCAAUUUGUAGGUCCCAAUUAAAGCCUCUGUAGGUACUGACCCGAAAGCAAUUUGAUAGCACCAAAGAGAGACCUUAGGAGAGAGAAAAUUCUUAAGUCUCAAGCAUUGAUCGGUAAGCCAACCCCCUGGGGUUAGGGUAGGCUUUGUUUUUCCUUCUAAUUAGUCAUAUAUGCAUAGGGUUGAAUUCAGUUGGUUGGUUUAGGGAAGAGAAUGGAAAGCUAAUGCAAGGCUAAGAGGCUGGGGUUAGGGUUUUUGGGUGAAUUAAUUUGAUUCUGCAUUAGCUUGUUUGUUGAAGAAGUUUGAAGAAGUUAACACUCUGAGGGAAGGCUUAGGGUUGUUAGGGUUUAAGGUUUUGACAGAACGGAUUUUCGAGUUGGAAUUGAAUUAAAUCAAUCGAGAUAUGGCAUCUUUGGAUCCUGAGAUUGUCGAAAACAUCGAAGCAGAGAGGAAUAGGAUGGAAAAGCAACUUGCGUCCCUCACUUUAGCUGCGAGGAAUAAUAUGGAAAAACAACUUGAGUCCCUCACUUUAGCCGCUCCGGACGCACAUCUCCGCGAGCAGCUGACUCCUUUAAGUGACAAAGAUGAGGAAAACUUUGAUCCGGAGAGGAAUAAGAUGGAGAAACAACUUGCGUCCCUCACUCUAGCUGCUCCGAACGCACAUCUCCACGAGCAGCUGACUCCUUUAAUAGACAAAGAUGAGGAAAAUUGUGAUGCCAUGGACUGCGAUCAACAGAUCGAUGUUCCGAGUCAGUUGCCAAUGAUGGAGCCAGCAAAUUAUCGUUACUUAUCUGAAUUGUCGAACGAAGAAUUUGAGGAUCUGCUCAAGUGCACAGCGAGCAUAAGAUUAUGAAACUUCCGCUCAGAGCCAAGACAAGACGCCUUCGGAGAGGGAAGAAACAGCUUUGAGACAGCUCACUGACGAGAUGCCUUUGCAGAGGGAUUGAUGCGUGUCAUUUCAACUUGAUUGCAUUACGCCGUUGCUCCUGGAGCCCGGAGACUCUCUACUCUCAAUCCUGCCCUUGGUGAAUGAUUUGGUGUCUGUCUCUCAGAGAGUUCUACAACAAGAUUCCGGUCCAUUGACAUCAUCGACACUCUCGUAGUUUCUUCCGUCUAAUUAACAUCAGAAUAGUCUUGUCUUGGUCAAGGUUUUUUUAACAAGUUGUUUUAUGAGUUAGAUGAGUGAGUUGGUUCGUCUGUGUACCCAUAAAAUUCAGUUGAAUAUUGAGCCUCUGGUUGUUCAUGAA